GGGAGUGAAUUCCUGCAGAAGUGGGUGGGAAUGGUCAGAAUUCCUAUGAGAGCAGGGAGGUGGGCAGAAUUCCUGCAAGAAAGUGAAGGCAUGGUCAGAAUUCCUGUGGGAGUGGGUGGAAGUGGUCAGAAUUCUUGCAGAAGUGGGUUGGAAUGGUCAGAAUUCCUGUGGAAAUGGGAGGGAAUGGUCAGAAUUCCUAUGAGCGCAGGGAGGUGGUCAGAAUUCCUGUGAGAGCAGGGAUAAGUAACCUUUUUGCUUUUUCCCAUUUUCUCCUGGCAGGUCCUAACAUGGUGGAUCUCUUCUUCGACAAAGUGCUGGUGAAAAACAAUAAGGACCGUGAUGAGCUGGACACGGAGCGUGAGAUCAUCCUGCGCCUGCAGAACCGGAUCCUCAUGCUGUUCUUCGGCUCGGCCGAUUGUGAGAGGUGUCAGGAAUUCGCACCCACGCUCAAAGACUUCUUCAAGAAGCUGACAGACGAGUUCUACGUGGAGCGCUCGGCUCAGCUCGUCCUGCUCUACAUCUCACUGGACACCUCAGAGGAGCAGCAGGACAGGUUCCUGAAGGAACUUCCCAAGCGAUGCCUCUUCCUGCCCUUCCAGGACCCUUACAGGAAAGAGCUGGAGGUGAUGUUCGAGGUGGAGGACGUUCCCACAGUGGUGGUUCUGCGUCCCGACUGCUCGGUUCUCUCUCCCAAUGCCGUGAUGGAGAUCUGCUCUCUGGGAACACACUGCUACCAGAACUGGCAGGAAGCAGCCGAGCUCAUCGACCGCAACUUCCUGAUGAACGAGGAGUACGAUGAGAGCAAGAGACGCAGCUUCACCGAUGCCAUCCGACGCCAGAAAUACAAGGUGGAGGACAAGAAGAAGCAGAGGAAGAAAAAGGAGCAGGAUGGAGAGGAGGAGGAUGAUGGAGGAGGAGGAGGACCUUGGGGUUGAGAAUGAUGGAAUAAAAAUAACAGAAUUUUCUAUUUUCUCUUAAAACAACAACAACAACAACAACAAUCAUCUCACCUUGGACUCAGCUGCUGACUGGUCGAUGGACAGAGAAGCUUUUGUGCAACGUUAGCAUUAGUGCUCAGAUAUUAAGAGAUUAAAAUAAAAUAAAUGAAAUUAAUAUCAUAAACUCUGUGUUAAUGAUAUUGUACAUUUGAUAUGCUUGUAGUAUUGCUCGCGUAAUUGACUAAACAAACACUUAAGGUAGG